UCUGGUCUGGCCGCUGGUCUGGCCAUUGGUCUGGCGUGGUGGUGCUGGUGGUGGUAGGUAUAUAUCUCCAUCCAGCGUGGUGCUGCAGAAAUGAAUUCUCAGUACAAAUCAAUAAUCAAUCAAUCCACCAGAGUCUCCUGCCAACUACCUAUCCGGACCAGUCUGUCUGUCCCUACAGCACAAUACAAUAUUCCAUUAUAAUGAGAUUCCAAUUCCUCCACCUGAUUUUCGCCGCAGCCACAGUCUCGGCAGUUGCGAUCCCGCCGGCGGGAACCUACUGGAACAGCACGACGAUCGUUAAGCAGGAUGAUGCAGUAUACCACGCAGAAUCCUACUCGCAAUUAGCCGCGACCUACACGGCAGACAACUUUUUUGACGAGUUCGAGUUCUUCACCGGUGACGACCCCACCGACGGCUUCGUAAAAUUCAGCAGCCGACCGCUCGCGCAAAAGCUGGGGUUGAUACGGGCGCCCGCCGACAAAGUGUACAUGGGUGUCGACAUGGCACGCCUAGCACCGAACGGACGGCGGUCCCUGCGUCUCGAGAGCAAAGCGCGCUUCACGCGGGGGCUGUUCAUUCUCGACGUCGAGCACCUGCCAUGGGGCUGCGGGACGUGGCCCGCCUUCUGGACGCUGGGCGACGACUGGCCGAAUAAUGGCGAGAUUGACAUUAUCGAGGGCGUGCACGAGCAGCAGUACAAUGCUGUGGCGCUGCAUACCGCGCCGAGCUGUAGAGUGGAUCCUGAGGGUUACUCGGGAACGCCGGUCACUGAGGAUUGCUUUGUUGAUGCUGAGGGACAGGGGAAGAAUCAGGGGUGUGCGGUUCAUGACGCAAGCGCGGCGUCGUAUGGAGACGGGUUUAAUAAGAACGGUGGAGGGGUCUAUGCCAUGGAGUGGACGAGCCAGCAUAUCAAAGUGUGGUGGUGGCCGAGGGGUACGGUUCCCGCGGAUGCCUUGGGGGCUAACCCGGCACCGGCAUAUUGGGGGAUGCCGCAGGCGAUGUUCAAAGGGGCCUGUGAUAUGGAUGAGAAGUUUAGGGAUCAUAAGAUCGUGUUUGAUAUCACGUUCUGUGGCGAUUGGGCAGGGAACACCUGGGCGCAGUCGGAUUGUGCGAGCCGGGCAGACACUUGCGCAAGACAUGUUUCUGAAAAUCCUACUGCCUUCGAGGAGGCGUAUUGGUUGAUCAACAGCUUGAAGGUGUGGAGCUCUUGAGUUACGUAUGAAUUUUGGGUUGGCGUUUUGGAGUUUGGUUAUUUUAGUGGGUGGGGAUGUGAAUAGAAUUUUGUACUUAACUGCCGGCGGGUAUGUCAGUUAUUGUCCGCAUAGCCGGAAUUUUGAAGAUAUGACCCUACAAGUGGUGGUUGUAGUGAU